AUGUCAUUGCAGGAUGCGUCUUUUAUCGACAAACAGUAAGUUUUGCAGUGUGGACAUUUUAACUCGUUCUUCAGUAACUUUUUAGAUUUCAGAUAUUUUAUCAUUUAUUGAAGUGACAAUAACAGUAAAAAUAACUAAAAAAGAUUUAGUUUUUGUACAUUUGACGUGUACAUUCGCCAUUUUGUGUACACUUGUUUUGCUGUGACCCCCUAAAAGUAACAAAAGCCAACAAAAUGGCUGGCGCAUGUUCAUGAUGUGGUGUUUUUAAAGACUAAAGUUUUACAUUUCAAGAUUGAAAAUACACAGAUAAAAUACACAAACGGAAAGAGAAAAUUCAAAAGAAUGCUCAGUUUCCUUUUGUGGACAAACAAGAGCUUUUUGCUAUGAAAUUGUCUUUCAAGGAAUUCAACCGUGUUUUCUUCACGCCAGAUCAGAGUGCUUGGCUUGUUUUGAACCAACUGAUGCAGCAAGGUUUCUGAAGAAACUUGAGGUGCAUUCUGCAUUCCAUGGUCAAGGUAAGUACGUUUUAAAAGGGAAUUUUUGUAUUUUGAAAGGUUUCAUGGACGUUUUCUAUAUUUUGACAUCGGCGUGAAAGAAUAACCACAAAAUGUCAUUUGCUCAGCCGAUUUAACUUGCGUGAACAGAUGCACGAUCCAGUUGGUGAUGGGCGAAUUGCUUUCCAGGAUUAAGUUAUGAGUUUUGAAUAAAAAUUUUAAAGAAAUUAAGGUAUUUAUUUGUCAUUGUUCAUUCAUUCAAGGUGAAAAAUACAUGCAGGGUUCAUAAGGAAGAUCUGAAAAAGUCCUUUUUAAUUCUUUUCAAAUUCAAAAAGUAAACAAAUUACCUUUCAUCCUUUCUUUAUGUACUUCAAAGUCAACCAUUCUCGCAAUCGGGUGACUCCACACCAUACGUUUGCUGAAAAGGAGUGCCAAAUCUGACAAAGGUUCUUUUUUAAGGCGCGCCAUCUGUAAUAAAAUCCCUUUUCGAAAAAUUUCGUAACGAAACAUAAAAAACGUAACGAAAUAGGUUCGAAGAGUAACGAAAUGAGUUCGAAAAGCAAUACGAUAUCUUUCAAAAAGUAAUGUGAUACUUUCAAAAUGAAAUGUAACUCUUUCUAAUCGACGGUUUCCAUGGCUACGGAAUGUAACUCUGCCCCUUCGAAAUGUAGUCGUUAUGAGUGUUACUAUGGAAGUAAAAUGUGUUCAUAUAUGACGUGGAAUUCAUAGUCCUCCCCAAGUCCCCUCCUAUAAAAUCGAGUCAGCCAUUUUCAUUUUGGUCCUUCGUGUCAUUCUUCAGUUUUUCCUUGUUUGUUUCCGCAACGAAACACUUCACGCUCAAGUGAUGAAGCCAACGAAAGUCUUUUUUAUGUUCUUUUUUUGCUUUGUUGUAUGCUUAAUAAGAAGGUAUGUUUUUAUUUCUAUUUUUCGUUAAGCUUAACUGUACUGCAUGGUUUUCACAGUGACGCCAUCAAAGUGUAAGCUUGCAGUUAAAAAAGCGAGGUUUUACGCAUUUUUGUUUAUACAUACAUUGUACCAGGUUGAAUAUAAUAAAAUAUAGAUCUAUGUACAAGUUUCCAGUCCCGUAGCAUGUUUCUUUUCGAAGAUAAACUUUCGAUUUUCCACAGUGUUUAUACACCAAAAUGAAAUGCUGUCUCCUUGAAAAAAAAGUCUCUCCUCUUGAUUUUCAGAAUUUUAACCAUUUCAAGUAUUAGAAGAUGUGAAAAGAAAGAGCUCUUAUUGAAAAAGUAAAUUCCAGAUGUUUUUGUUGCUUUCCAGUGGCCAUAUUAUUGGACAUGAGACUUUGACUUUGAUCUUUCCCAGUUUAUUUUUUUGGUGCUGUGUUUAUUGUAUGACAGUAAAAACGAUCUCUUGGACUGUAAAAACUUAUAUUUGCUUCUUAUUUUGCUUCUUUUGUUUUCUAUGACACACAGUGCACAUGCCAACAGGCAACUACGGUGGUUUGUAUCGUCCAUUCAACAACUGUUGCAAGAAGUUGAUAGGUGUCGUAGUUCUCCUUUAGAUAGGGAAACUGCAGAUUUUUUACUCCUUAGGUUAGGUGGUGCAGUUCGCCAUAUGCAGCAAGUUCUUUCCUUUGUAGAGAGAUCGGGUCAGUUUUCACCAACGGAAUUGAAUGAUCUGAGGAAUCUCACAAGGGACAUAAGGGUAAUUGAGCAGUUAUUUCAGGAAUUACCAGUAUUCUCUCCUAGUUCAUGCUAUAGAACACCUGUUAGGCACACUGGUUCUGUGGGCCGUCCUGCUUAUGAAAUUUCCAGGGAACAGUUGAUGCUCUUGCGGUCAUGUUUCUUUUUGUGGAGCACCAUUGCUAGCAUUCUGGGAGUAUCACGAUGGACUAUCCACAGAAGGGUCAAUGAGUUACAGAUUCCCCUUUCCUUUGUGACAUAUUCGCAC